UGCGCAGGCCCCGUGGCGGGACCGCGCGCGCGGGGGGGCGGUGACUGGAGGAGGAGGGUGCGGGGGUGCGCGCGGCGGCGGGGCAGCCGGGCUCGGCUGAGUCAGGACGGUCACAGGAGGCAGCGGGGAGGGUGACCGACGGGCCGGAGCUGCAGCUGCGUAGAGGGAAGGAGCAACGGCCGGGCUGGGCGGGUUUCUAGGGUCGCGUAGAGGCUAAACCCCCUCCCCGCCUCAGGCCGCCCCCGCCGGCAUAGCCCCCCCCCUGUGGGGAGUCACCCCUCGCCCUCCCCUCGGGGAGAGACCCCCCUCUCCCGGGAGAGACCCCCCGCAGCACCCGGCUCCCGGCAUGGCUCUGCUCCAGCGCCUGGCCCGGCUCGCUGCCUACCUGCAGGACCCGCAGAAAGUGGCCGACUUCCAGCGUCUCUGCGGGGUGGAGGGGCCUCCGGGCUUGGCGGCCUCCCCGCCCCUCGCUGAGGAGAGCGGGGCGCCGGGGCCGUUAGCCAACGGCAGCUGCCCCGCCAUGAACGGCGGAGGGGAAGGCGAUGGGUGGCCCCGGCUCAGAGCCGCCGCUGGCGGGGAGAAGCGGCCCCCGAAGGGGCUGGGGAACGGGGCGAUCCCCGAGGGAGCCGGCGGGGAGGGACCCCCGCAGCAGACCUGGGGGAGGAGGCAGCCGCGCCGCAACUCCCUGACCGGGGAAGCCGCCUGCCAGGAGAUCGCCAUCCGCAACCCCUUCCUCUAUUAUCUGUUCAACCUGGGCACGGAGCUGGGCAACGAGCUCUUCUACAUCCUCUUCUUCCCCUUCUGCAUCUGGAACCUGGACGCCUGGAUGGGCAGGAGGCUCAUCAUCGUCUGGGUCUGGGUUAUGUACCUGGGCCAGUGCACCAAGGAUGUGAUCCGCUGGCCACGGCCUGCCUCCCCUCCCGUGGUGAAGCUGGAGGUCUUCUACAACUCCGAGUACAGCAUGCCCUCCACCCACGCCAUGUCGGGCACUGCCAUCCCUCUGGCCCUCGUCCUGCUCAGCUACGGCAGGUGGCAGUAUCCCCUUAUGUAUGGUCUGAUUCUUGUGAUCUGUUGGUGUUCCCUGGUUUGUUUUAGUCGAAUUUACAUGGGAAUGCACUCAAUUUUGGAUGUUAUUGCUGGAUUUCUAUAUGCUAUUCUCAUCUUGGUUGUCUUCCAUCCAGCUGUGGACCUGAUUGAUAACUUCAAUUUAACUUACAAAUUCCUACCAGCUUUGGGUACAGUCUUUCUGACAACUGCUAUGGAGAAGAUAGAAGAACAGUUUGCUAAUCUGCGCAUAGCAAAACGUUGUGCACUAACUGAAGACUCCACUUACUUACUGGAUAUAGAUGUUUCGAAAUCUGUUCAAGCAGAAAGUAACCACUUAGUUGCUGUUUCAUGUUCCAAUAAGUCAAUUAAAGUAUAUAGUAGAGAAACAUUACACUUGCUAAGGGAGUAUAGUGGCCAUCCUGGGUUACUUAAUGGAGUCAGAUUUGCUCAUACAAGUGAGAAUAUGUUGUUUUCAGCAUGCAGUGAUGGCACAAUAAAAUGUUGGGAUACUCGCUUAGCUACUCAGGAAACUAUACAAUUAUUCAGUGGUUAUCCUUCAAAUGUUUUCAUCAGCUUUGAUAUUAAUUGCAGUGAUCUUAUAGUUUGCGCUGGGACAGAAAAAGUUGAAGAGGACACAUUCAUGGUGUUUUGGGAUGCAAGAAGUAAUACAAACUAUGCAUGCGCAGCUAAAGAGCCCUUAGGAACCUAUUCAGAGACUCACAAUGAUGAUAUCACUAAAAUAUGUUUCCAUCCUAUGAAACCCAAUUUGGUAGCGUCUGGAUCAACUGAUGGAUUGGUUAAUGUGUUUGAUAUUAACAAGGAAAAUGAAGAUGAUGCUUUGAUUGCAACUUGUAAUUCAAAUUCAUCAGUAAGUUUUAUUGGUUGGUCUGGGAAAGAUUAUAAACAAGUAUAUUGCAUGACACAUACGGAAGGAUUUUGUUGGUGGGAUCUUACUCAAAUAGAUACUGAGGAACCAAUGACAUUGUUGCAGAUUCAGGAUGUCAGAGAAGUAGUCUUCAUUGAAAAUAGCAACUUAAACUAUCUGAUAGGUGGCUUGUACCAUGAAAAGGCAGACAAAUUGUUUAUUGUUGGUGGAACAGCUAUGGGAAACAUUCACCUAAUAAACUGUGGCAUUGAUGGACUGAGCCUUGUGGGCACCCUUCAUGGAGGACAUUCUGCUGCAGUUCGCUCAUUCUACUGGAACAUGACAGAUGAUUCUUUGUUGACUGGUGGAGAGGAUGCACAGCUGUUGCUAUGGAAACCUGGAGCUGUGGAAAGGUCCCUUGUAAAGAAGGCAUCUAUGAAAAUUGUUUCCUCUGUUCAGCAGCGAGUGAGAAUUCACAGCAACUCUCUCAAAAGCAAGAAAAAGUAAAAUUAUGAAAAUGGGACUCUUAAAUUUGUAGAAUUUUUCACUGUUCUGAGCAAUAUAUUUGGGGUGAUGAUUUGUUUGCACUAUGUGGCAAAUAUAAUUUAGUAUGUAAAUUUUACCUAGAAAUGAUCCUCAUUUUAUCAUGUGAAUAACUUUUUUUUUUUUAAAAGCAACUGAUACUUAUUAAAAGGGUAAACAUUUACUUUGUAUUCAUUGAACAAAGUGUGUCUUAAAAUAUUGUAUAUUUUUAUAUCAAAAUGAUUAUUUCAAAUAAAAAAUAUUGGCACAGAGAUCUUGGA